AUGUUUGAUCGAUCAUAUAAUAACAGUCAGUUAAAAAAUAUUCAUUACGAGAACGAUAUACAUUACACUUUACAGAUGUGUCAAUGGUUAUUGAAACCUAUCGGAGUGUGGCCUUUCGUUUACGAUCGAACUAGCAGAUUUGAGCAGCUUAUUUCCAUCAUUCUAAUGGCUACGUGCUUCUCCAGUUUGUUAUUCAUCAUCCUACCAUCCGGCCAUCAUAUUUUUUUCGUAGAAAAAGAUAUGCAUCUCAAGGUAAAAUUGCUCGGUCCAGUUGGAUUUUGUUUAUCGUCCACAAUUAAAUAUUGCUAUCUUGGCGUGAAAGGUGUAUUUUUUGAACAAUGUAUCAAACAUGUUAAAAAUGAUUGGAAAAUGGUACAAGAUCCAAGUUAUCGAAUAAUCAUGUUAAAAUAUGCCACUAUCAGCAGAAAACUUAUAAUUAUGUGUGCCGUUUUUUUAUAUACUGGCGGAAUGUCAUAUCAUACUGUAAUGCAAUUUUUAUCAAAAGAGAAAGAUAAUAAUAAUACAUUUAAACCAUUGACUUAUCUAGGCUACGAUCCAUUUUUCGAUACUCAAUCCAGUCCUAUAUACGAAAUCGUAUUUUGCAUGCAUUGUUUCGCCGCCAUGAUUAUGUAUAGCGUCACAACGGUUGCAUAUAGUUUAGCAGCGAUUUUUGUCACUCAUAUCUGUGGACAAAUUCAAAUACAAGCAACAAGAUUACAGAAUUUAGUAGAAAACAAGGACAAAAAGAAUAACUGUGAUCCUUUUGCUCUUAUUGUUCAUGAUCAUGUAGAAAUUUUAAGAUUUUCGAAAAAUGUAGAAGAAGCUUUACGUGAGAUAUGUUUGGCAGAAAUUAUUGAAUCUACAAUAAUUAUGUGUUUGCUUGAAUAUUAUUGCAUGACAGAAUGGCAAAAUAACGAUGCAAUUGCAAUAUUGACCUAUUUUACUUUGUUGAUUUCUUUUACAUUUAACAUAUUUAUAUUUUGUUAUAUAGGCGAAAUUCUUUCUGAACAGUGUAGCCAAAUUGGUACAAUUUCUUAUGAAAUUAAUUGGUAUAAAUUGCCUGCUAAAAAAGCUCAUGAUCUUAUUCUACUAAUUUCCAUAUCACAGUAUCCUCCAAAACUUACAGCUGGAAAAAUAAUUGAUUUAUCUUUCAACACAUUUAGCUCUGUGGUAAAAACAUCGGUAAUUUAUUUGAAUUUACUUCGAACAGUUACGGAUUAA